AUGAGCUCUAAUAAAGUAAUCGAUGAAUGCUCUCAAAUACUAGGGUGCUCUGCUAAAUCGUUAAGAGAUCAGCUUAACCACCCUGAUAAUCGUAUAUUUUUAUUAAAAGAGCUUCUUGACCGUAAAGUCCAGACCACUUAUGAGGACCAAAAUGGGUUUAAAAAAACUUUUACGAUUAACGGUCUCUCAAGGAAAGGAGCUAAUUCACUUAGAGCAUAUGGGAGAUUACGUCAUCCUUAUAACGUGAGCGUAGCAGCUCACUUUUAUGCACGUCAUCGGAUUCGCCUGCGUUAUCCAUAUCUUCAGUGUAUUGUUCAAAGAUUUCCAUUUGGAGGUGAGGAUAGAUUUUAUCCUUUGGAAUUGUUGGAAUUUGUUAAAGAGAAGGAGGAGGAGGAAAUGAAAAUUAACAAGUGGAUGCAUCGUCUCCCCUCUGAUAUUUCAUGCAAACUCAAAAUAUCAGAAGAGCAGAAGAGCCCUACAAUUCUUAUGAAAAAAGAUGAGGAUGCUGAAGUUUACAAUUUUGAACUUAGCCAAUGGUGA